GCUUCGGUCUCCUAGUCCCUCCGGCAGGGGCAUCUACAGUUUACCAGUUCAGUGAGAAUUCUUUCAGUGGUUGUAUACGCAUGUGUAUAAACACCCUCCCCCCCCCACCUCAUCCCCUUUUUACAAACAAGCCGUAGUAUAUACUGUUGCACAUGUGUUUUCUGGCUCUAGCUUCUUUAUCUUGGGUGAUAGCCCCAUAUCAGUAUAUACAUAUCUGUGGAGGCUUCUCUGGUAUGGUCAGCUGGGAAGAAGAUCCUGGGGCAGGGGAGAAUGCUGCUCAUAGAGGGGGUGAAGCCUCUAAGGGGCCCAUGGGUGGGCUUUAGGGGGUCCUGGAGCCUUCUGCUUGUGUGUGUAAAAUUGUGGAUACGAAGGAAUCUUUGUGGAAAGAGGGACUGUGUCUCUCCAAGGGGCCUGUGGCCCAGAAGAGGCAAAUGCCACAGCUCUGGGUUGCAUGGGAUUUUCACAGAGCAGGAGGCCGGGGGCGAACUCACCAGAGGGCAGAGCCCCUUGGCUCUUAGCCCCCGCUGGGGCUGCCGUGGACCAAGUUGAGGGGGAUGGGGCCCAGCUGCCAGCCCUGAUAUCCUCUUGGAAGAUGACUGGGGCUUUCCGGCUCCCAAAGGAGCAUCCCUCUGCCUGCAGCCAGGGUGGCCCUGACUCUGAAAAUGGAGCGCCAGGCCUUCCUAGGAUCAGAGCUGGGAGGCCCUUAGAGUCGCUGGAUCUAUGGAAGAAUCGAGGUACAGAGAGGCCAGGGGAUAAGUCCAAGGUCUCCCAACCAGGGAAAGCAGAGGCCGUUCCCGCCUGUGAUAUUAACUUCAGCGUUCCUUCCCCUGCCAGAGAGGCAUGAGAGGCCCUCUGGAUGAGGUGAGGACGCUUGUUGCUGCUUGUCUCUUAGGGUGAGGGUGAGGAAGAGAGGAUGCACAGAGCAGAGGCCACAGCUCAGGUGGGGGUGUCCUCAUCGCACCUCACUGCACCCUGCAACAUCACCUCCCGCGGGCUGAAUCCUCCCAUAAAGCUGCAUCAGCCGGCCAGGAGUUCUGAACACACAGCAAGGACGCGGCGCUAAGAGGCUGCACUACAGGAUGUGGCCACUAGAGGGCAGCAGGCAAGCCACUGCGGCGGCUCCGGAGCCGCAGAAAGUUCUCAGGCUGGGCGAGGAGAGGAGGGAAGAAGGGGCCACGUGGGCAGAGGCCUGCCUGGCAGAGGUCCGGACACCGCAGUCAGGGAGAGUGUCUACCUCACUCUCAGAAUCAGUGAGAUCUGUUCUGAGGUGCUCAGCUGAGACAAAAAGCAAACAAGACAUUUCAUGAUAAGAGUAUCGUUAUUUAUUGAGGGCUUACUUUAUGCCAGGCACUGUGUUAACCAAUUAGUCCUGACAACAGCCUUGUUACAAUUGUCCCCAUUCUUUGGGUGAGAAAACAGAGGCCCAGAGAGAUUAAGAAACCUGGCCGCCAAUGGGGCUCAUGCCAGAGCCCAUGUCCCAGGCAUGAGGUCGUUAUUCUACGCCUGGCAUUGACUCAAUGCUUGGAUUCUUACAGUCACUACUAUGGCUAUACCCACUUUAUGGGUAGGGACACUGAGGCCCAGAAAAAGCUAGUGAAUCCCGGUCCACACACCUGCUACGUGAUAAUCCAGAUGGGUGUGAUUCCGUGGCUUGAGCUCUGAGCUCUGGAUUACAGUUCUCUGAUGUAGACGCAUUUUUCACUUCCACCGUGUGCCCUUAUCUGUGCCCUAAUCUGACGGUGGCUGACAUUGAAUCCUGCUGGGAGUUCAUCAACUCCCCUGCCUUCCAACAGAGGUUACAGAUUCUGGGCUCCUGUGUCUAGGGUUUGUCUGGAUUGUGACUAACCAGGGGUGGAGGAAGGCCCUGCUCAAAGCCCAGGGAGGGGCCGUGGGGCUCACAGUCUGGCUUGGAGGACAAGGGCGUUGGAGAGUUCCUUGCAGUGGCCAGGGCUCCCCUGGGAACAGUGGGACCUGGCCCUGGGGCCUCUGGUUUCCAGGGCAGAUGCCUCCAGCAUACCAAGGAAGCUUGGCCAGCCCUGAGCCCAGUUCUGCCAGGCUGGCAGGAGAGCAGGGGCCUUUCUAGGAGGGUCUGACUUUCUUCAUCUUCCUGUUCCCAUGCCCUAGCUUUGCCCUUCUGGGAGACAGGGGAAUGGCCUGGGGCUGGGACUUUGAACGCAUUCCCCUUGUUGGUGCUAUACCUGCGACACUGAGUCCCCCUUUCUUAGGGAUUUGUAGCGUCGGGAUGUUUCAGUUACUUCUGAUUUAUUAGCCAAGGUAGCAGUUGCUAAUCCUGGCCUUAAGUUUCUCUGGGGUGGAGUGGGGGGGGGGAAGUUAUGAGGGGAGAAACCUAAAUGGUCCCCUCUACGGGUGACCUCUCCUUCUGGUGCCAGAAUCUUAGAGUUAAGUGAAAUCUCUUCAAGACGUCUGUUUCCUGCCUCGGUGGGGAUCCCAGGGGAUUAAUGUCAUGGGUCAGGGAGGAGGAUUCGAGCGUGGGCUCCAGGGAGUAGUGCCUGGGCUAGAAUCCUGGCUUUGCUCCUUACUCGGAGUGUAAGCUUGGGAAAGUCACUUAACCUUGCAGAGCCCCCGCUUCCUGAUCUGUAAAAUGGGGAUAUGGCAACGUCGACCACACAGGGUUGGCGUGAAGGCGUGAGGAGCAUUUGUCUGGAAUAAACAUCGUGAAUGCCCAGGAAGUGCUUGCCUUCAUGCUUUCUCCCCUCCGUGAUUCCUAGAACAGAGCCCGGACCAUGCUGGAUAUCUGGCAGAUCUUCACGGGUUAAGAGCAAAGGGAGGGCCACCUAAUGCAAUGGCAUUGCAACUGCAGACCCUUAAAUAACUUAAAACUCGUACCAAGCAGGGGCGCCUGGGCGGCUCAGUCGGUUAAGCCUCUGACUUUGGCUCGGGUCACGAUCUCACCAUGUGUGAGUUCGGGGCCCGCAUCGGGCUCGCUGCUGUCAGCACGGAGCCUGCUUCAGAUCCUCUGUCCCCCUCUCUCCCUGUCCCCCCUCUCUCUGCCCCUCCCCUGCUUGCACACACUCUCUUUCUCAAAAAUAAGUUUAAAAAAGACGUUAAAAAAAUAUUACGAGCACUGUUAUUAAUGGUAUUCCCUACCUGUUCUUUAAAGGCAUUUGUCUUGGGGCACUCAGGCAGGGUGGGCCUGCAUUUUGUAGGAGGAUCUAAUUUAACGCAGAGAGGCAGUUCUGCUGGGCACCUCACCCAACCUUGUUGAUGGAGUCAGCAUUCUCUACCGCCGCCUCCGGGGAGUGAGGCGGGCGGGGGGGUGGGGGGAUGGGGUGUGGUCAGGGGUGUGGUUUUUCUCUGAUCACAUUGGGGGUUCGCAAGAAUCUAGACUGUAUUCUUCUCCUAUUUACUGCCACCUGGUGACGCGGUACUAUUCCCUGUAUGUACUAAGUACCCCCAGAGCCUCAGAUGGCCCACUGUCACCUCAGCCCAGCUUCUGUGCCCCUCCCUGAGGCACCCAGACUCUUUAGGUCUGUUUCUACUCCGCUAAGCUGAUGGUAAAGGGUUCAAAGCAGUGGCUUAAGAGUCUGACACAGGGGGAUUCGAGUCUCUGCUACUCCUUAUUUGCCCAUGCCCAUUUGCUUAGUUUUUGAGCCUGAGUUUCUCCAUCUAAACAAUGGGAGUGAAGACCCUGCCCUCCCAAAGGGGGCUGUAAGGAACCGCAUGGUGUUCAGAGUUGGCCGAGCCAGGCAGCACGGCAGGUUUGGGACGUGAGGAUCCGCGAACCCCUCCCCCAAAGGAGUCAUGCCAAAUAGCGGGAUGUGGGCAGAAUAUUCACAAGGCACAAGUUCACCCCCUCAGCCACGAGCCAGUAGAUCAACAAGACCAGACGGCGAAGGGAAGGAACAUGCCGUAAGUCUUACGGAUCGUCUGUACCCUUCUUAUGCCCCGUCUCUCUUGCCGAUUCACAAGUGGGCUGGGGACAUUAAUCGAAUGCAUGUUUGAAGGCCAAGUGCGUGGAAGCUGGAGGAACAAGGUCAAAUCUCCUCAGAGGGAAAGAGCGAGGGCUUUGGGAACCUGCUAGAUGUGCGUUGAGCCAGGCACGCGAGCUCAGGGGGGGUGACUCCACCUCUCUGUGCCUCAGCCUUCUCCAGUGUGAAACGGAGCUAAGAAUUGGCUUCCACGGGAAGUUCCUGUGAGGAAUAAACGCGCAGAUGCAGGUCAAAGGCUUGGCACUUAGGAAGUACUCCAAAGAUGCUAACCGAAACAACGCUCGCCACGGUGUUGAUGUUUUAACUUAGAAUCCGCGAGCAGCGUCAAGGUCAGGGAUGCUCCCUGGUCCACUUCUGCUUUGAGUUGUAGGUAGCCGCUCUCCUCUCCGCUGUGGCUGGAAGAAGAACCUCCCUCCCCGGCUGUCCCUUCCGUGCGGCCCUCGGCGUCUGGGCUGUCUAGACAGAGCUGCCAUUUCCACCGGGAGGUCUGAGAACCCCUCCCCUACCUCUCUCUCUCUGCAGUCUGCUGGCCACAGGGCAUCUGCACAGGCUGGGACCGCCGGCUAGGCCAGGAGCCCCGGCAGCUGUGGACUCCCUAGCUCGGAGCAGCCCCUCUUUGACCCCGCAUGGUGGAGAAGCAGCCCCAUGAAGGUGCCCAGCCAUGCAAUGUUCCUGGAAGGCUGUCCUCCUCCUUGCCCUGGCCUCAAUCGCCAUCCAGUACACGGCCAUCCGCACCUUCACCGCCAAGUCCUUCCACACCUGCCCGGGGCUGGCAGAGGCAGGGCUGGCCGAGCGGCUGUGCGAGGAGGGCCCCACCUUUGCCUACAACCUCUCCCGCAAGACCCACAUCCUCAUUCUGGCCACCACGCGCAGCGGCUCCUCCUUCGUGGGCCAGCUCUUCAACCAGCACCUGGACGUCUUCUACCUGUUCGAGCCCCUCUACCACGUGCAGAACACGCUCAUCCCCCGCUUUACCCAGGGCAAGAGCCCCGCGGACCGGCGGGUCAUGCUGGGCGCCAGCCGCGACCUCCUGAGGAGCCUCUAUGACUGUGACCUCUACUUCCUGGAGAACUACAUCAAGCCGCCGCCCGUCAACCACACCACCGACAGGAUCUUCCGCCGCGGGGCCAGCAGGGUGCUGUGCUCUCGCCCCGUGUGCGACCCGCCGGGCUCCGCCGACCUGGUGCUGGAGGAGGGGGACUGCGUGCGCAAGUGCGGCGUGCUGAACUUGACUGUGGCCGCCGAGGCCUGUCGGGAGCGCAGCCACGUGGCCAUCAAGACCGUGCGGGUGCCCGAGGUCAACGACCUUCGGGCCCUGGUUGAGGACCCCCGGUUGAACCUCAAGGUCAUCCAGUUGGUCCGGGACCCGCGUGGCAUUCUGGCCUCCCGCAGCGAGACCUUCCGCGACACGUACCGGCUCUGGCGCCUCUGGUACGGCACCGGGAGGAAGCCCUACAACCUGGACGUGACGCAGCUGACCACGGUGUGCGAGGACUUCUCCAACUCCGUGUCCACCGGCCUCACGCGGCCCGCGUGGCUCAAGGGCAAGUACAUGUUGGUGCGCUACGAGGACCUGGCCAGGAACCCCAUGAAGAAGACCGAGGAGAUCUACGGCUUCCUGGGGAUCCCCUUGGACAGCCACGUGGCCCGCUGGAUCCAGAACAACACGCGGGGCGACCCCACCUUGGGCAAGCACAAAUACGGCACCGUGCGAAACUCGGCGGCCACGGCCGAGAAGUGGCGCUUCCGCCUCUCCUACGACAUCGUGGCCUUUGCCCAGAACGCCUGCCAGCGGGUGCUGGCGCAGCUGGGCUACAAGAUGGCCACGUCGGAGGAGGAGCUCAAGAACCCCUCCAUCAGUCUGGUGGAGGAGCGGGACUUCCGCCCUUUCUCGUGACGAGGGCGCCGUGGGUGGGGGUGAGGGGCACGUGGUGUCGGUUUUGAUAAAAUGGACCGUUUCUAACUGUUGCCUUAUUUCCCCCUCCCGCCCCCACCCUGCCUUUGUGUCUGUCCUUCCUGUCCCCUGCCCACCCUCCACUUCCUUCUGCCCCCUUUUCGUCUCUGAAAUUUGCACUAUGUCUUGGACAGGAAUCACUGGGGCAGAGGGGACGUGAAGUGGGGUGAGCCCCCACCCCGCCCCAUUCAGACACACGGAUGCUGGGUCUCUGCGUGGAUGGUGACAAUGUUUACAAGCACCACACUCACACAUUCACAUGUGCGCGCGUGCGCACGUGCGCGCGCGCACACACACACACACACACACACGGGCGCCCACGAGGAGAGAUACGUGCCCCAAACCACAGAACUUCGGAAGCUUCUCCAACGGACGAGUGGUCAGGGUAUGGUAGUUUUUGAACUGUCUUACUUCCACAAGGUAAGAGGUUAAAAACAAAAAAGGCCACCUCUCUCUAACUUAUGAAUGGUGUCUAAUCCCUCCCCACCCUGCUGCCUGCCCCCAAUGCCCGCUGCCCCCCUUGGAGCAGAGAAACUGCCCCCUCCUGCCCGCCCUUGCCUGUCGGUGAGCAGGUUUUUACUGUGAGGUGAAUGUGGACCUUGUUUAUUAUUUUCCAGUCUGUGGCGAUGCUGUCUGUCUGUCUGUCUGAGUCUCGUGGCUGCCCCUGGACCAGUGACGGCUGAUAAAUCUUAGGGGUUUCAGAUUGAUCUUGGGGUCCAUCAGUGAUAUUUCUUUGUGCCAAAAAGAAAAAAAAAAAGAGUGGGUCAGUUUGCUAAAUGAACAUUGAAAUGCUUUAUCUGUGUUUUCUGUAAAUAAAAGUGUGCA